AUGCUGGUUGAGGAGCUUUCUAAUCUCUGCGGCAUUGACGGAUGCAUAUUUGUGCACGUGACAGGGUUUAUCGGAGGUAACAAGGCAUUCGAAGGAGCUCUAGCUAUGGCAAAGAAGGCGCUCGAAAUUGGAGAUGCGGAGCUAGCAGCAAGAUCUGAAAAUGAACAGGAGAUAAAGAAAAUGAAACUGGACAAUGAACAAGCAGUGAGCAGUACUGAACAAGCAGUAAGCAGUACCGUGGAUCCUGCUCAUUAG